AUGCCACCUCGUGCGUCCACAGCGGAACUCCUCAGCUCCCUCGUAUAUCUCGAGCCCCACUUUGACCCUGCUACCCUUACUGUGGCUCAGUUAACGGGUCUGUUACAGGCACAUGACAUCGACACGCGAGUCGCGUCAAAUAAAACUGGCUUAAUUGCACUGUUCAACACCGAAAUAGCCAUGAAUAGAACCCCAAUACUGGCAAAACGACAAAGGGACUUGACAAGAAGCCCUAAGGCGAACGGGAUUAGAGAUGGAGUCACCGGACAGCUAGUGGAUGGUGCAGCAGAGGAGGACGUGACGCCCCCGCGACCUAGGGGCAGACGGAGCUCAGCAGCACCGGCUUCUACAUCAACAUCUCGCCGACGCGCUUUCAGGAUGUCAGCCGCUGCGCAUCAGGAGCAGGAAGAGGAAUUGGAGGAGCCGGAGCCUGAACCUACAUCACCCCAGACGGGAAGAAAGAGUCGAAUCAUUGAAGAAGCCGCAUUCAGCGAUGAAAAUGUGUUUCAGAUGGGGUCAUCGUCACCCGAUCCACCCGUAGAAACCUAUGCUCGCAGAAGGUCGCAAGGCCCAGUAGCAAGUUCCAGCACACCAAUAUCGUCGGCAGGUGGACGACGGAGUGUUCCAGCGAAUGGUGCAAGAGACUCGCCGACAAACCCGUUCACGAAGGCAGUGGAUACGGGAGCAGGUUUCGUACUCCGAACGAAAAAGCCCCUUCCCAGCUCCGAUCCGACAGACGAAGAGCCCGAAGAAGGGGUUCUAUCGAUCCGGGGAAAGUUGGAUGACCGAAAAUCUGACGCACUUGCCACCAUCAAUGUCACAGAGCGCCAGGCUCUCAUUAGACCAGCAACGGUUGCGCCCGUCAUGCUUCUCAUUCUUCUCUGGCUUCUCGUCUUCCAGUUCGCGAGAUCUUCUGCCAAACUUGGUUUCUGUGAUCGGGAUAGCAGCACGAAUGCUGUCUUGGACGAACGAUUAGAGCAAUUGAACGCUGGAGAACGUUGUAUGACAGAAGGCAAGACCGAUUGUCCUCCGAUUCCCCUGUUUCCCCCGUUCAUGCAGCCACUUUCUUGCACCCCUUGUCCGGACAAAGCGAACUGCGACAUCAAACUCGUGACGUGCGAUGCGCCGCUGAUACUCAAACGUCAUCCUCUCUCCGCUCUUAAUCCAGUGCUGGACGGAUAUCCCGGGCUUGGACCAGUCGCCUUCCCCCCUACAUGCGUGGAGGAUGAGAGCCGCAAGAAGCUACUGACGAACGCUGGGCGCUGGAUCAUCGAAAGAUUGCAACGGUAUCGAGGAGAGCAGAUCUGUUACGGACGAGAACCUCGCUCAAUUUUCUCUCCAAGCGACAUCCCUUGGAAGUGGGCCGGUGUGAAGAAAUCCGAAAUCAAGCACAUGAUGAGCGAGACCCAUGAGGGCAAAAGCUUGGGCCCGGAACGACUGGAUGAGGUGUUUUCGGCCGCUUUGAGUGAGCUUGAAGAUAGGAAAUUUGUCGUGUCUGGAAGGGAUGAGGAAGGUGAGGACUGGGUAACGGCUGUCCAGGCAAAAAUGAGCGCUGGAUGCAAGGUCCGUGUCUGGAUGAGGAGACUGUGGGAACAAGCGAAGAUAUACGUUAUCGCUUUCGCUGCCGUAAUCGCCAGCUCGAUGUAUGUGCGCCGUCGACUGUACUUUAAUCGGCAGACCACGGCACUGGCUCAUUCCAUGCUUCCCUCGACCUUAUCAGUCCUGCAGCGUACCGGCGGGAUACCUUUGCUCAGCACACAACUGCGAGACAGCAUCCUCUCAUACGAACCAAACCUGAAGCGGCGCAAGGAGAUCUGGGAGCGAGUUGAGAAGAUCGUGGAGAUGAACGCGAAUGUGCGUGUCGGAGAGGAAGAAGUUGGAGGUGAAGUUGGACGAGGGUGGAGAUGGGUUGGCCCCCCUGAUAUGGGAGACGGUACGCCGAGUCGGAGGGAGAUCAAGUACUGAGGUAUCAUCAUGACACAAAUUGGUUGCUUAUGUUUGUAUUCUCCCUUCUGCAUCUUUUUUGUCUUAUUCCGAUGUUCAUGGCUGUAGUUCCCCCGAGGCAAGAGAAAAUGAU